UCAGAUUACAAGGCCCCACAUGCCUCUUGAUGUACCUGGACAUAGAUUUUUUGUUGGCAAUAGGAGAACAUUUUUGACAAUAGCAUCUGGGGAAAAGAAUUUGGCAAAUGCAUCACUUCUCAAUAAGGAGUUGCAUAGGAAAAAGAAGCAAACCGGCAAUCAGGUUCAUUUAGCAAGAAAUAUGUCAUUAACGUUAAUUUAAUAGUAUUUAAAUGUGUGUUUUUUUUAUAAUAUGUAAUUCAAAUAUUGAAAAACUUGAAAGAAAAUGAAGAAAUGAAGUAAAGAAGACAGAAGAUUAUCUGAAAGAAGAAGAAGAAGAAGAAGAAGAAGAAGAAGAAGAAGAAGAGGAAGACCGAAGAGGAUGAAGAACAUAAUUGUUUUCUAAUACAUUCCUUGUUUAAUUAAAAUUCGCUUAUUUAAUUAAUUAUCAAGUUAAUAAAGAAGAAAGAAAACCGAAAAGCUCCUACGACCCAUAAUUUUCUAAUCAUUAGUAUAUAAAUCUUCAAAUCUUGAAAAUCUGGCCUAAUAAAAAAAAUAAAAAUUGCAGCUACGUGUCGCUAUGGAUCAAUUCGAAUCAUCGUACCGACAGCGUUUUGAGACUGACACUGAAAAAGUUUAUGUUUGUUCAUAUUUUUAAUUGUAAAGUUGCUCAGGUGACGAACAUCUACCUCAUCGAUAAAAACCUUAAAGAUGCCCUGGCAGGUUUCCUGAAAAUAUCCAUGAAUGUCUUAAGAAAUCCCAUCUUUGAAAAGAACAAGGAGUUCAACCAAACUUUAAAAGAGAGCAUCACCCGAUUAUUAUGGACCUUUUACUCAAAAUACCAUUUUUACUUAAAACCCAACUUCACAAGAGACGAAGUCUGGAGGUCCAUUUAUACGCUAUUGGACCUAGAGCUACCCACCAGCCUCCCUGAAUUCUUUAAUGAUUUUUUAGAUCAUGUGAAAAAAUUGUUUCCUCCUAAACUGGUUGAACCGGAAGUGCCUUAUUACAUUGAAAACCUUGAAGAUUUCCAAGCAAAAAGGCGAUUAAAUGAGGAUUGUAUAUUAGUAGAGGAACCAGUUGUGGUUGAUCUUUGCAGCAGUGAUUCCGAGGACGAGAGAACAAAACCGACCUCAAAAGAGUCUAAGGGUACUAGUAUACCAAAACAGCAGCCCAUUUUAUUGUCUUCAGAGAGCGAAGAUGAAUCGAACCAUCAAGAUAGAAGGAGAAGAAAGGUCUAUAAAGAGGCGGGAGAGAAAGCGAGAAAAGAGGAAGAACCUCAGGUUCAGACCGGUAAUAUUGCGGAAUAUGUCACACAACAGGCCAAGAUGUUUAUUGAUAAUAUUCGGAAACUGACUGGGAGGGAUGAUUUCACCAUCAAGAGCGUCAAUGGCAAACUGGAAGUUUGUCUGGAGCCACCUGACGCACCUUCUAUUAAUAAUAAACUCGUUCAACAAGAUGUACCUGCUCCCCCAGAUUUAAGACCCCAAGACAAUCCAUCUGCAAUUACAUUUGCUGCUGAAAAUACUCUUUUAUCGGAUCAAACUCAAGACAAUAGCACCUCUGUACUCCCGACACUUCCAGACCGAACUAUUAUAAAAGAAAACGUUUUAGAAAAGCCCUCCAAACCCUGUGAUAAUCUCUCAACUUUAGACUUUAAUAAUAGUAGUGAAGAAAAGCGAACUGUAACUACCUCUUUAACAGUGAGUGGGGCAAAAGAUAAAACCGGAGAAGACGUUUUACUGGCGGAAUCUGACGAAGAUAAGAACUGUCCUGAAAGUGAGGAUCUUGAUGAGGAUUUUUUACUGGGGGAUGUCGAUCAACAUUUAUCCGGCCAAAUAGUUGACGAAGAACGUUUUUUAUCAAUGCCUGAGGGUGGAUCUUCAACAAAAUCAACGGAAAGGGAGGCAGUGGUUCCUAAAGAUAAAGACAAGAAAGUAGUAGAAAGUUGCCAACAGCUUGAUGAAAAACCAAAUGAAAAUCUUGAAUCGUCGCUCAUUAGUACUUCAGAUGAAGGUGUGGUGGUUAUAGAUGAUAAGGAAGUGCUUGAAAAUGCAGAAUCUACAAUUGAACCAUCACAGACAAAUUCUAUACAUCAGGAAAUCCAGAGUGAUAGUACAGAAAACUUGAUUGGGACGCUUGAAGAAGACUCCUUGAUAACAGAUAAUAAUGAUUCAUCAAAAACGUUUCUAAAAGAUGAACCAAUUGAAAGCGAUUCUCUUGCAAAACAAACUAUUUCCAAUAAGGACAAAUUAGUGGCAAAUGUGGAAGUCCCGGAAGAAGAAUUGUCUUAUGAUAAAAGCAAUACUUUUCCUGGCCAAAACGUGAACAAUAUAGAAAUAAAUGAGGAAAAGGCAUCUAUGUCAACUGAAGAAGAAACUGCUCCUGAAACUCUCAAUCGUAAAAAACACAAUGCAGCCAAGCAUGAAAUAUUGACUGAACACAUUUUAGAGCCAAAUGAAGAAAAACAUCUAGAAACUAGUUUCACAUUAGCCAAUAAUAUCACAGUCUCAGAGGAUCAUAAAGUUUUAACUGUUUGUUCCCAAGAAAUUUUUCCAGUUGCUGUUUCAAUUAAAGAGACAGAAAUCACACCUGAAUUAACCAUUAAAGACUCUCAGGAGGGGGUUCAAUUACAAUACGACUCAAACGCCACAGUAAAAACAUCUUUUGCAGAUUCAAAAGUUGAUUCAGAAGUGAUUUGUGACAGAGUCGUAGAGGAGUCUAAGGAAGCUACUGAAGUCAAAGAGCAAGAAACAUGUUUUGUCAAAGAAAAAGUUGAUCCAGAGGUGUUUACAGACUUGGAAACAAAAGAAAAUGUGGGUGAUAGAGUCCUAGAGGAGUCCAAGAGAGUUACUGAAGUCCCAGAUCAAGAAACAUAUUUUACAAAAGCAAAAAUUGAUCCCGAAGUGGUUACGAAUCUGGAAACAACACAAGAUGAGGAUGAUAAAGUUCUAGAGGAACCCAAGGGAACUACUGAAGUCCCAGAUGAAGAAAAUUAUUUGGCUAAAGCAAAAGUUGAUUCAAAAGUGUUUACAGAGCUAGAAAUAUUAGGAAAUGCGGAUGAUAAAGUUCUGGAGGUGUUCAAGGGAGCUACUCAAUCCUCAGAGCAAGAUUCAGGAGUGAUUACAAAGCUGCAAACAACUGAAAAUUUGGAUGUUGCAGUCCUAGAGGAGUCCAAGGGAGAUACUAAAGACUUAGAGCAAGAGACAUAUUUGGCUGAAACAAAAGUUGAUCCAGAAUGGAUAACAAAGCUGGACACAACAGGAGAUGUGGAUGUUAGGGUCCUAAAGGAACCUUUGGGAGCUCCUAAGGUCCCAGAACAAGAAACAUAUUUUGCCCAAGCAAAAGUUGAUUCAGAAGUAAGUACAAAUCUGGAAACAACGGGAAAUAUGGAUGUUCGAGACUUAGAGAAGCCUUUGGGAGCUACUGAAGUCUCAGAGCAGGAAACAUAUUUUCCCAAAGUAAGAGUUGAUCCAGGAAUGAUCACAGAGCUUGAAACACCACUAAAUGUGGACGAUAGAGUCCUAGAAAAGUCCAAGGGAGCUACUGAGGUUCCAGAGCAAGAAACAUUUUUUGACCAAGAAAAACUUGAUUCAGAAGUGAUUACAGAACUGAAAGCAACAAAAGACGUGGGUGUUAGAGUCAUAGAGGAGUCCAAAAGAGCUACUGAAGUUCCAAAGCAAGAAACAUUUUUUGUCAAAGCAAAAGUUGAUUCAGAAGUGAUUACAGAACUGGAAACAACAGAAAAAGUGGAUGUUAGAGCCCUAGAGGAGCCUCUAACUGAAGCCUCAGAGCAAGAAACCUUUGGAAACCUGGAAUCAUCAUCUCUUGCAAAUAUAACCCUUGAUGAAUCCAAGAGUAACCCAUUAGAUGAAUUUAAAGGGCCUCUAAACAUGGAACCAUUAAAGACAACUAUCGUUGAUAAAGUUUUGGAUGAGUCCAUAGGGAUGAUUAAACACCUUAAUAGCUUAGAACCAGUAAAAAAAUCUACUGCACAUGUUGCACCUGAACUAAAAGAAAACAUGAAACCAGAAUCUAAGGCAGAUGACCUUAUAGUGGCUCCAGAAAUUGCCCCUAAGGAAGAUACUUUUAAAACUCAACUGGUUCCAGUUGAACCUAACAAACUAGAUAAUGCUAGAGAACUUGCCCCCCUGGUUCGAGAAUACCCUGUAGUUGAACAAAAAAGCCGUGAGACGGUUUUAAGUUCAAGGCCAAGUGAAGAACUUACCCCAAGAGCCUGGCCUCAUAAGACAGCCGUUACAGCUGCUACAUUGAAUACAGAAAACAAGAGAAAGUCUAAUAGAAGAAAGAAAACCGUGAAGCCUGUUAAAGUGACUCAAAAACUCAAACCUCAGACGAGUUCAACUGUUUCAGUGGAUCCUGGUUUGUUAGAGAAAUGUAAGCUUAUAGUGCAGGCCUUGAAUCAAAUUAAUAUUUCUGAAGAAGUGGCCGCUGAAGACCCUAAUAAAUCUGAAGAAACUAGGGAAAACCAGACUGUAAAUACUUCUGAACCUAAAGAGUAUCCUGAUAAAAAUCUUGAAACUUCUUCUUCUAAGGACCGCUCACCCGGUGGUGCAGCUAUACACGUUCAUAACUCACAAGAAUGUACUGUAAAAGAGCCUGAAAAUACUGAAACUAAACUAGGACAUAGUAGUAUCCCUGUAUCUGACAAUCCUCCAGUAGAUUUCCCUCCGCCAAUACGUCAAAGAAACCCCAACAUAACAAUUUUAUCGAACAUCGUGGUGAAAAAGACGAUCCCCUACACGAUAAACACAGAUCCGAUAAGAAAAGCCGAAUUAGUUCAGUUAAGCGGCGAGGAAACUAGAACCAGUUUCACACCGCAGACCAAUAAAGUACGCACCGAGGAAGAUCUGAGAAAUAUCGCGGCGGAUGAAACGGUGGCUUACGUGGAGGGUUUCGGCUCGUUUACCCAAAAGCAGUACAUGUCCAGGGAGACCCACGUGAACAAAUACACCGACCCCAAAGAAUAUAUCCAGAAGGCCAAAGAGGCGGUUUGGAGUGAAUCGUCCACGUUGACUUUUAGUAGCGGCGAGCAGUUGUCUUUGAAUGCGAACGUCGUGUCUAGUAGUGGAAUCGCUGACGUUAGCACCCCGGUUGUUGAGACUGCGAAAUUUGAGACUGGCAAUGAGGAGUUUAGGACGCCAAUUGAUGCACUGUUAGCUGCCUCAAUGUCUAGUGGAAGCGAAAAAACUGCACCAGUAGAGUCAGUGGUGAAUUACGCUUUUAUUCAUCAAAGUAUGGUGGAGCCGGCGAAGAUACCGUUCUUUGAAGAACCCCAUUGUGCGGACAAAUUAAUUACCCUAGCAGGGGUGUGCUCGCUGCAAUACAGUAACGAUGUUCACAGUACCACCGAUGUGCCGUCAAACAGUCCGGACGCUUCCGAUUCGAGCGAUUCCGAGUCCAAGUUAAGAAUCGACGAGGGUUGGACUAAAGCGCCUGAAGUGAAAAAUCCUGAGAAAAUUGAGGUUAAAACACCCAGACGGUAUCGGACGAAGGCGGAAUUAAAAUGUUUAAGUUUGGAUGAGAAGAUCACUUCUUCUUCGGAGGAUGAUGUUCCAUUAACUGCCAGAAUUCACCUAGGUGUAUUUCCGCUGAGUAAUAAGGCGAUUCCUCACGAUUGGUAUCGUUGUUUUAGAAAAACCCUUCAAAAACGGGAAAUCAUUCGGAGGGGCCGCAAGCCGUCCAGCCUGGCGACCCAGAAGACCCCACCGUCCACCCCAAAAAGAGGCCGAGGGGGCAGACAGCCGACGCUCAGAAGAAGCCAUUCACAAAAAACUUCUACGGAAGUACAGAAAAAAAAUCCCGAAUCAAGUUAUACGUCUAAACUACGUUCGCGAUCGAAGUCCACAAGCGAUAAGGACAAAAACGCUAUUGAGGAGCUGCUUAUCCAAGAGGAAGAAUUAGUUUCCAAGCCCCCAAAGCGUAGAGGGCCUAAACCUAAGAAACCUACUAAAGAAACUCCGGUUUUAGUGCAAGAGGAACCCGUCCCUGUACCCAUAGAAAAACCAAAAGAACCCCCAUUAAAGUCAACGCUACUGCAGCCAUAUUUAACAGAAGAAAUCUCUUUGUCGCCAAUCCCUCCACCAAAAAAACGCUACUCCAAACCCAACCACCCUUACUUAGCGAACAACAUUGCCAGACUGCAAAAAAUCCUCGGAACAAGCGUCACCGAGUAUCCCCCAGUGGCAAAUUUACCAAAAUCAGACCCAGAACCCAACGAGGAGGCGAAUAUUUUAAUGAUCCGACAUACGGCCGAUUUUAUCAGCAAAAACGUCUCGGAAGUGAAGUCGGAUUGUGACAAAGAGAGCGCGGACACAGCAAAUCCGUUAGUACAAAACCCUUUGGUGUCCAUAGCGGAGGUAAUCGAGGAAUCCAGGACGACUGAGCCGCGAUUCGAUUACUCCAUCGCCAGUUUACUUAAAGACAAAGGGGGAGAGUCGAGGCGGGCCAGUGUAGACCACCAUUAUCCGGAUCCAGAGCCAAUUACUCAAUACCCGAUCUACAAUGGCGAGGCUUACCAUGAUAUAAAUAAACAAGAGUAUUAUAGUACCGAGGUGGAAUCCUGCAGGAAACCAGACGAAAGUUUUUAUGGAUACGAGGAGGAAGUUGUCACCAAUUUCGAUCCAGACAAAGAAAACCAGAACAAAAUUUACGACUAUAGCAUGCAAAAACCACUCGAGAGAUUCCCACCAGAUGGGGGCAAUAUUUGCAAUGAGCAAAUCUCUGCCGUUAGGCCAUUCUUUGAUUCCACUUUACACGCGAGUGUCUUUAUGCCUGCGAGUGACUCUUUGCAACAAAGCCAUACGGUUUCGUAUCCACCUUCAGAGGAACCUGCUCCUCUCCAAGAUUUCCAGCAAGAAAAGCCAUUUAGCGCGGAAAUCCCUAAAAAAGAACUGAAGAACUUGGCCGACAAGAUCGUAGACAAUCUGAUUUUAGGUGGAAACCUCACGGAAGAUGGCAGCAUGGUAGCGAUGUUGCCGGGGGGCUCCCAAACUAAGGUGGAAGUGAUUUGUGACCACUUAAAAACUAAAAAAAUGGCCGAAAAGAUCAAAGGCGUGAAGGACCCAAGCGAUACCGUUAAACCAGAAGAAGAACAACAUAGAAAACGCUCCAAGGAAUUGAUAGUGGAUUUGCCGAGGUCCAGGGAGAGCAGCGUGGAGUCCAUUAAGGAAGCUUUCAAGCUGAAAGCGCCAAGCGGGGAUGGAAAUGACACAAAAUCCAGGAACCGCAGGAAAUCUUCGGAUCAGAGGCGGCGUCUGGGCAGCAAACGUAAAUUAACUUCGGAAGUUAUAUUGGCAAGUGAAGAUGACGACGGCAAAAAAGACCACUCAAACGAAGUUUUUGGAGCUAAUAAGAACCGUGGAGAAGGAUCCAAGAUAACAAGAGAAGAAGAAAAUAAAACAGUAGAUCUACUUAAGUCCAAAAGACCCCGACCUAUACCAGAAGAGCCUCAAGGAAGCGGGAAAGGCCUUAGAAAGCCAAAUUCUGACUCUAACCUAGAUGCCGAGUUGGAUCUUUUAACCCCUAAGGAAUCAUCUAAGAUACAAGAGACAUCUUUAAUAAAAGACAAUUCUUGUGGUGAAGUCAAGAAGAACCGCUCAAAGGUAGCAACAAAAAAUCUAGAAUUAAGUGAAUCAUUAGAAAAAGUCGAGGUGGUAACAGUAGAUACUGAGCAUAAAAGCGGUCCUUCCAAACCACCAAUGGAACCAUCUAAUCCACUUUUAAUCACCAGCAAUGAAACUAAGAUUGAGAAAGCUGAUAUUGAAAGAAGACCAGGACGUUCCAAGGCGAAUGUGUUAGAAAAAGAUAAAAUUGCCGAUACACCUGAGACCGAUAAGGAACCAUUUAAAAACCAUGAAAUUAGCAAAGACUUACUGCAUUCAAAUAGUAACUUUGAAACAGUAACAAGCAGCAGUAGUAGUGAUUUAUUAGUAAAAGGGACUGAAAAACCUGGUCAGACAGUAGAAGAGCUCUCCAAGAGGGACAUCGCAUUUGCUAAAAGAGAGUCACUAACAAAAGAUUCGUCUAAGCAUCAGGAUUCCUCCAAAAAGUCACCGCAUUCCAGUCUAACAGGACCAAGUGAAGAACAGGUCUUUGAAAAGCACGAGGGAGACGAGUCAUCCGAAAAUCAUCCAGAUUUAAUGCACGGAGAGACACGAACAACAUUGUCAAACAAUCAGAAAACUAACCUGUCUAAUUCAGAUACAGCAGAAAAUAAAUUGGAGAACUUCAAUGCUAUAGCAGAAAAUUUUGAGGGUGAAAUGUUGCUUGUAGAAAGAGAAGAAACAGCUACUGAAAAGCCUUCUGAAAACCAAAAACCACUCGAGAAAAAAGAACAGGAAGAGGUUGAGACAGUGAAGAAGAUUCUUGAAGAAACUCCUGAAGAAAAAGAAUCAAUCAGUGGUGAAGCAGAAGAAACGGCUAUAAAGAAACCUAAUACUGAUGUAGAUAAGUCAAGUGAUUCGCAGGAAACCGUUAGUGAUACCUUAAAAACAAGUGAUGUCAUUGAAUCACCCAACGUCCAAGAUUACAGUAAAGAGUCACUAGAUUCGACUAAAACAAUAAAUGAUUCGUUAGAAAAGGAUAACAUUAACUUCAUGGAGAAACCUUAUGAAGUUGCUCCUAAUGGUAGAAGAGGUCGCUCCAAGGCGAAAAUUGAAUCAUCCAAGAGUAGUGAUUCAAGUAUAGAGCCGCGAGAUUUAAAAGCAGUAACCAGUGAAUCACUUGAACAUCAUAAAGUUAAAGAAGCUACUGCUACAGUAGAAAAACCUUGUGGGGUAAGUACUGAUGGUAAAACAGAUUAUUCGAGGGUAAAAGAUGAAUCAGUUGAAACUCUUAAUUCGAAUAUAAUCAGAAGUGACUCAUUAGAAAAGGAGAAAGAGUCAAUGAUUUUAAAUAGAGCCCUCAAUGACUCAUUAGAAACUCUUGAUAAAAGAUGUUGUUCCACAGCAAAAGAUGAAUCAUUAACGAGUGAUAAUUACAGUAAAGAUUUAAAUAUAACCACGAGUGAUUCAUUAGAAAAGGAUAAAGAGUCACUGGUUUCAAAUACCACAAAAAAUAAGUCAUCAGAAAAACAGAAAAAGCAAAAUGUGAGUCUUGAGGUGACUUCUGAUGACAGAAGGGGUCGAUCCAAGGCGAAAAAUGAAUCAUCCAAAAGUAGUGAUUCGAGUAAAGGUUCAUUGCAUUCAGGUAUAACCAAGAGUGAUUCAUUAGAAAAGGAUAAAACGUCACUGGCUUCACAUACAAUCAAAAAUGAAUCAUUAGAACAGAAGAAAAUGCAAAAUGUGACUUCUGAAGUGACUCCUGAUGGUAGAAGAGGUCGCUCUAAGUCGAAAAAUGAACAAUCCAAAGGUAGUGAUUCAUUGCAAUUAGAUAUAACCAAGGGUGACUCAUUAGAAAAGGAUAAAGAGUCACUGGCUUUGCAUACAAUCAGGAAUGAGUCAUCAGAAAAAGAGAGAAUGGAAAAUAUGACUCUUGAAGUGACUCCUGAUGGUAGAAGAGGUCGCUCUAAGUCGAAAAAUGAACGAUCAAAAAUUAGCGAUUUGAGUAAAGAUUUAUUGCAAUUAGACAUAACCAAGGGUGACUCAUUAGAAAAGAAUAAAGAGUCACUGGCUUUACAUACAACCAAAACUGAGUCGUCAGAAAAAGAGAAAAUAGAAAAUACGACUCUUGAAGUUACUCCUGAUGGGCGAAGAGGUCGCUCUAAAGCGAAAAAUGAAUCAUUUAAGAGUAGUGAUUCGAAUAAAGAGUCACUAGAUUUGAAUGCAACAAUCAGUGAUUCACUUAAACACGAUAAAGGUAAUGAGGCCAUUACUACACUAGACAAAUCUGACGGAGCAGUUGCUUGCAGUGUAAAGAGUCGUUCGAAAGCAAAAAAUGAAUCAGUCAAGACUCUUAAUUCAUAUAUAACCAAAAACGACUCAUUGGAAAAAGAUAAAGAGUCAAUGGUUUCAAAUACAACUCCCAAUGACUCAAUAGAAACUCCUGAGAAAAGGAGUUCUUCCAGGACAAAAGAUGCCUCACUAAAAAGUGAUAAUUCCAAUAAAGACCCAUUGCAUUCAGAUAUAACCAAGGGCGAUUCAUUAAAAAAGGAUAAAGGGUCAAAUAUAACCAAACAUGAGUCAUCAGAAAAAGACAAAAUAGAAAACAGAGUUCGGUCCAAGGUAAAAUCCGAGUCAUCCAAGAGCUACAAUUUAGGCAAAGAGUCGCUGCAUCCGAAUAAAUCCAUCACUGACUCAGAGCACCAUAAAAUUGUCGGAGAGAAAUCCUGUGAAGAAAGUUCUGACGGUAGAAAAGGGCGUUCCAAAACAAAAAACGAAUUGUCCAAGAGUCACUCCAAUGACUCAUAUAAAGAUAAAAUUAAAAACGAUGUUACUUCUGAAAGUAGAAGGGGUCGUUCCAAGGCAAAAGAUGAUUCGUCCAAGGGUCGUCAUGACUCACAUAGUGAAUCAGUAAAUGUAAUCAAUAGCGGAGAAAAGGAUAAAGUGGAAAAUCUUUGUGAAGCGACUUCUGACGGCAGAAAAAGCCGUUCCAAAGCAAAAGCUGAAUCAUCUAGGGGUCAUUUCAAUAAAGAGUCAAUGGUUGUGGAAAAAGUGGAAAAACUCUGUGACAUUAAAAAAAGCCAUUCCAAAGCAAAAGAUGAAUGUUCCAAGAGUCAUAAUUCAAGUGUAACUAAUAGUGAUUCAGUAGGAAAGGAAAAAGUUGAUAAAUUAUUUGCUGCAAUGGAAAAACCUUGUGAUGUUACUCCUGAUGAUAAAAAAGGGCGUUCAAAGGCAAAAGAGGAAUCAUCUAAAAGUCAUGGUUCACUGCUCGGUGACGCAUUAGAAAAAGAUAAAAGUACAGUAGAAAAACCUGGUGAAGGAACCUCGGACAGUAGAAGGGGACGCUCGAAGACAAAACAUGAAUCAUCCAAGAGUCACGAUUCAAAUAAACACUCACUGCAGUCAAACAUUAAUGACUCAUUAGAAAAAGACAAACUUGAUAAAGUGGAAAAACUUUGUGAAGCAAAAAAUGAAUCACCCAAGAAACGCGAUACAAACGUUGACUCACUGGAAAAAGAGAAACCCCAGGCAGAUUCCAAAAAAGUUGAACAAGAAGGUGAGCCUCGACGUGGAAGGUCAAAAUCCUCUACAGAGUCUACUAUAGGGUUUCCAGAAGACACCACAGGAUACCGUAGAGGCAGAUCUAAAACCCCUCGGUUGGGCGAGGUUAAAAACGACGAAAAAACCUUAUCAAACCGGAAGAGAAAAUCUACUGAAAACGGACAUAGUGUUGACCGGAAGAAAGGGAGAACUGAUAAGUUGGAUGGUAGCAAAGAGGAUGAGAAACAUACCAAGGACCGUGGAGUAACCGAGAAUAAAGCGGAAGAAAAGUCAAAAUCACUUAAGGAAGAUAAGAAGAGGGCAAGUAAAGAAGAUGAUAGGGGUUCAAGAAGUAAAGAGCGACGCUCUAAGGAGGCAAAACCCGAAGAAAGCGCGAAAAGUAAAAAUGUUAAAGAGGAAGUGAGAAAAUCGGAGGACAAAAAAACUGAAGAUGCGAAAGUCAAGGAAAAAGUGUCCAAGGAAAAACGCCAUUGUUCGGUGGAACAUGAAGGAAAAUCCGUUGAGAAGGGCAAACGUAAACUGGAACACGCUACUGAAUCGGGAAAAAAGCCGAGACGCAAACGAGACGAACACAAACACAAAACCGCAACAGAAGAAAAAAUCAAGCAUAAAGACUUGGAACAGAAAGAAAGAAACCUGUCCGAGACGGCCAAUGCUGAAUCAAAAAACUUUCAUGCGAAAAAUUUCCCAGCAAAACAAGGCGACGAAGAUUCAAAUGGUAAACCUUUGACUAAAGAGUUGAGCGAUGAAGCCAAAAAAUCCAACGAACGUUUAAAGUCUAAAUCGCGAUCCGAAGAAAAAUCCACGACAAAAUCGGAACACUUCAGAAGCCCUAAAGACAAGAAACAGUCAAUAUUCAAACCGGACGAGAAGAGAAAAGUCGCAGAGAGCGUCAAAUUAUACUUGAGAGAAACCCUUGAGACUGUAAAGUCCAAAAAUGUCACUGAGACAAGUUGUAAGGUUGAAGAGAAGCCGAAGGAGGACUCUGGGAUCUCUAUAAAGCCUAGAAAUGCGGCAGAGAAGAGUCAUAAGGUCGAAGAGAAACCCAAGGACCAUGGGGUGUCUGUAAAGCCUAAAAAUGUGAUGGAGAAAAGUCAUAAACUGGAAGAGAAGCCUAAGGACUCUGAGGUAUCUGUAAAGUUUAAAAAUGUCACAGAGAAGAUCCAUAAGGCCGAAGAGAAGCAGAGGGACAUUGUGGUGCCUGCAGACAUUAAAAAUGUGACGGAGAAGAGUCAUAAAUUUGAAGAUCAACUCAAGGAGGACUCUGGGGUGUCUGUAAAGCCCAAGGAUGACUCGGAGAAGAGUCAUAAGGUUGAAGAGGAGCCCAAGGAGUAUUCUGGGGUGUCUGUUAAGCCCAUGAAUACCACAGAAAAGAGUCAUAAAGUUGAAGAGAUGGUUAAGGACAUUGGAGUGCCUGUAAAACCCAAGAAUGUCACGCAGAAAAGUCAUAAGGUUGAAGAGAAGCUCAAGGAGAACUCUGGGGUGUCUGUAAAGCCCAAGGAUGACUCGGAGAAGAGUCGUAAGGUUGAAGAGGAGCCCAAGGAGUAUUCUGGGGUGUCUGUUAAGCCCAUGAAUACCACAGAAAAGAGUCAUAAAGUUGAAGAGAUGGUUAAGGACAUUGGAGUGCCUGUAAAACCCAAGAAUGUUACUCAGAAGAGUCAUAAGGUUGAAGAGAAGCUCAAGGAGGACUCUGGGGUGUCUGUAAAGCCCAAGAAUGACUCCGAGGUAUCUUUAAAACCCAAGGAUACCACGGAGAAGAGUCAUAAAGUUGAAGAGAAGCCCAAGGACAUUGGAGUGUCUGUAGAGCCCAAAAAUGUGAUGGAGAAGAGUCAUAAGGUUGAAGAGAAGCCCAAGGAAAAGACUGGAGAGCCUGUAAAAGCGAAACAUUUUACAGAAAAAUGUAACGAAAAAGUUAAAGAAAAGGUCAAGGAAGACUCUAGGGAUUCUGCACAGGAGCCCAAGAGUUUCACCGAAAAAAGUCAUAAACUUAAAUUGACGCCCAAGGAAGACUUUAAGGUGUCUGUAAAGCUCACAGAAAACUGUAAAGAACAGCUAGAAGACGAGCCCAAGGGAGACUCCGUGGAUCUUGUAGAGCCCAAGAAUAUCACCGAGACGGUUAAAGAUAAGUCUAAGGAAGACUCUGUAGAGCCUAUACAGCUCAAAACUUUUACCGAAAAUAGUUCUAAACUUGAAGAGAAGGAAAAAGACUCUGGGGAGUCUGUAAAGCCCAAGAAUCUCACGGAGAAAAAUUAUAAUGCUAAAGAAAAGUCCAAGGAAGACUUUGGGGUGUCUGUAAAGUCCAAAAAGUUUACAGACGAGUGUAAAGAAAAACUUGAAGAUGUGCCCAAGGGAAACUCUAUGGAUCUUGGAGAGCCCAAGAAGAGUCAUAAGGUUGAAGAGAAGCUUAGGGAGGAAGAAGACUCUGUGAAGACCGACCAUAAUGUUAAAGAGAGGCCCAAGAAAGACGCUGAGAUGUCUGUAAAGUUAAAACAUCCUGCAGAAAUCUUUAAAGUUCACGAAACACAUAUGGAAAGCUCGGGAGAGUCUGUCAAGCCCAACAGUUACAUUGAAAAGAACCGUAAGGCUGAGGUGAAGCUCAAGCAAGUCUCGGGGGUACCUGUAAAGUCCAAAAAUCUUACUGAAGAGAAUGAUAAACUUCAAGAGAAGCCCCAGGACUCUGGGCAAACCGCAGAGAAGACUGUAAAAUCAGCAGAGCAAGUGCAGGAGUUAAAAAUGGGCGGUCAAGAAGUGAAAGAAGCGAAGCCAGAGAUUGAAGUAACAGUUUCAAUGGAGAAGCUUACCGAAACGAGAGAAAUUGAAAAAAAGCGUGAGGUGUCUUGCCUUGCAAUAAACGCAAAAGUAAACGAUGAUAUUCAUGAAAAAUUAGUAUCAUGUGGCCCGCUAAUUCCUGUUAAAGGCGCGAACUUCAAAUCUGAAACUGGAAUUGCUCAAAUUGCGCAGUUAGAGCCCAACAAUCUUACCGUAAACAAAUCCUCGACACAUUUAAAGCCAAAAUUGGACCCUUGGACCUCGGCAGAAAUUCCAGCGAGUAGCGAGUGUGAAACCAGUGAAACCUACUUUCAAGAUUUCGAAUUCGCCGUUUCUCAUCAGGAGGAAGUAAACGAUAGCCCUAAAGCGCCCGAUUCGCCAUCCCCUUUUAUGGACCCGUCGGUGCUUCAACACUUGACCGAGGUAUGUGUUAAGAGCGAAGAAGUUGUGUGUCCAGUGAAAGAACCAACUGGAGAAUUAAAACUGGACCCAAUAAUUAUUCCUGCUAGUAUACAGGAAACAGUUGACAACAAAGUGACCCAAGAUGAUCUAAAAUCAUUACCGAAUACCCGGAAUGACAAGCCUAAAAUCCAAAAAGUGAAAAUAAGCUCAGAUUUGCUGGAUUUAAACCAGGAUCCCCCUGCAGAACAUAAACUGAUAAAAUGCAAGCAACUCAAUCAGUCGGACAAGAAACUCUAUAUAGUCCUGGACAACAUCAUGGAAAACGUCUCGAAACAAGCGAAAAAGCGCCGCCUAUCAAUGGAAACAAUUUCCCCGGUAAAGAAGAAACUGGACCUGCUAGUAAUCCCCCCUGGUGAACUGGAAAGUGGCCCGCCACCGCAAAAAAUCACCAGGAGAACCUCCACGGUAGAACCGCUCGAAAAAAGAAACGUGGAAGUCGAAUACCUGCCGCAGAACCUCGACUUGCAAAUCCUGGACCAUGUACAUCAAGGGAUUGACAACUCCGCCACGUUGCCGGAAAUAAACGACGGGUUUCAAGACUCCCAUUUAUUUUAUACGAACCCGCCGGCACCGCAGCCUCCGGUUAUGGACCAGCAGCAGUUCGAGAGCGCCUACGGGAGCGCCUUGGAGUUCGACUUCUUCGAGAACGAAAGUAUCGUGGCGAACAACUACUCGAUCGCUAAUCCGGAUUUCGAUAUAAAUUUCUUCCCGGAUAACGCGGUCAUCACGUCCGUGUUAAGCACUUUGGCUCAAGGUGGUGGAGGAGGGAUGAAAACCGAUGCGACCACCCCGAGUAACGAAACCGCCCAGAAGUUUGAACAUUCGUAUUCAUCGUACGGAAACGGUGGGGCGGAAGUGAAAAAAUGCGACGCGGGGAUUUCCCGAUCCAGGGAGAAUGCGAUGGCGGACACUGCGUCCGCUAUCGAGUCCAUACUGAGCGAGGUGGAUACCGUUUUUAAUAGUCAAGGUGCCAGUGGACACGUGGUCGGACAAAUUGGUAAUUAUGAUCCAGUUUAUCCGGAAGGGAAUGCUAGUAAUUUGCCAGCACAAGCAACUCCACAAUCACCAAAACCGUCGACGGUCCAACAAACGAUGGACUCGAUGAUCGGGGGUUGCACUUUGGAGGCCACCUUAGACGAGCCGAACUUGCAGGAUCUUUUCCAAUGUAACACGAUCCACGAACGGGGCAUUUCCAACAUAAAAUCGGUCGGGGUGGAGGAUUCCGUGGAGAUCGAUGCAUUAGACGAACCGAAUCACGCUUUGCAGGCCCUCUUUUGUCUGCACAGCUCGAAGCUGCAAGACGCGGACUUAAAGUCGUUGGAUAUCGAUGAUGUGGUUAUUAGAGAGGCUGAGGCUCAAUUGAAUACCAGUGGGGACAGUGACAAGGCGAAAAUUAAACCGGUGAUCAACAAGGAACAAGAAAAGCUGAAAACGCAAAAAUCCGAUAAGAGAACGUUGACUUUUAUCCAAUUGAAAGCCCUUAAGAAACCGAUCGAAGUUAAGAAACCCCAGCCAAUGAUAAUCCCUACGAGAACGUCGAAUAGAUCGAGACCGAAACCACCGCCGAGGAGGAAAAUCGUCGAUUUCGCGGGGCCGGUUCAGGGUUUUGUGACGGUGAAACCUCCCCACGAGUUACUAGUGACCGAGGAGGGAUCGACUAUCAAACAAAUGGUGGUAAAAGUCGAAGAAAAUGUUGAAAAACUGCCUGAAAUUAUUAAUGUAGAAGUGACUAAGGAUGAUAGGGUGUCUGCGACAAUAAUUCAAAACAAACCUGAACCUACCAUAGAGGAACUACCGAAAGAACCCCCGCCGGUACCGCAAACUAUGGAUUCGAUGAUCGGCGGCUGCUCCAUAGAACCCAACCUGGACGAGUCGAAUUUGCAAGAAUUUUUCCGAUGUCACACCGCCGGCAUGAAACCGGCCGGCGUGGACGAUUCGAAUUCGAGCAUAAGCGGCUCGUUGGACGGCGGGUUGGACGAGUCGAACUUGCAGCCGCUUUUUUAUUUGGAACCGGGCAGUUCCAAGCACGAGGAACUUCACUAUGCCGACUUGAAGUCUUUGGAUAUUAUCGAUGACGUGGUGAUCGGGGAUACGGAGGAGUCCGAAUUAAAUACCAGUUUUGAUAUGAGCCAGUUGGAGGAGGAGACGAAAGGUGCUGAGGAGGUUCUCGAGGUGCCUUUAAAUAACCCUAUGGGUGAACACGAAAUAGAUUUUAAAACCGAGGAGCCCGAGCCGGAACUGAAGAUAAAAAACAAAAAGAAAACUUCAAGUAGAACAUCGGCCAGGUGCAAACCGAGAAAAGUCCCUUCGGAACGCAGCAGCGUCCGCGUUAGGCCUUUACACGAAUUAUCCUUAGAAAAACCAUGCGUACUCAAGUUGCCGGAGGAGAAAAUAUUGGAUUUACCAUCGGCAGAUAUUGGCGCUUCUGUCAGUUUAGAGUCGAAACCUUCAUGUGGUAGGAGUGCGGCCAUAAGAAAACCGCUGCCGCCCCACAGAUCCCCACUGAGAGAAGGCACCAGACAAGCCACGAAAAUCCUCAACAAGGCCCUGCAAAUCAGUCAAACGGAAACCGAAAAGAAGGAAGAACUUCCGAAGUCUCUUGACCCGUUUGACCUCCUCAAGGACGUGCCGAACCAACCUUUAUUCGAAAAACAACAAAAAGAAGCGGAAAAAUUGAAUAAGAAAGCGCGUAAACGACCCGCUUCGAAGACCUGUCUUAAAGAGGAAAGUGAUAGUGACAGCGGCACCUGGGAUCCAGAGGAGGGCACUUGCAAAAAACCGAAUAAAUCCAAAAGUGAUCCCUACCAAUUGGAAUUUGUGCAGUCUCCUGAUAGUACCGUGUACGAGAGUAACGACAUAAACUGGGUAAACUCGGAAGGUUCGAAGAACAAAACGAAGACUGAUUCGAAAAAAUGUAAAAGUGACCCACAUGAACCCGGAGUUAAGGAAGACAUUAGUUACAAUAAGCAUACAGGGCAAAAAAGCAAAACGUAUAAGCAGGAAUCUCAUAAAUGCAAAAGCGAACCAUACCAGCCUAGAUUUGAGGAAUCCAGAAGAACCACCAGUUCCAAAAAGGAUGAUGCGCUUCACAAUUCAGAAGGAAAUAAACCACAUUCGUCAAAAUCUCACCCGAAUUCCCAAAGUCAAGAGAAUCCUCGGAUAAAGUGGAAAGACGUUCAAUACGGUUGGCUACAAAAGCUUCCGGAAAUCUACUUCCAUCGUUCCGGAAACACGUUGGACAGGGACGGAACUUCUGUAAAGGGAUCAACUUACAGCACGUGACAUUUCCGAAAUCCAUAUCCACCCAAUCCCUGAGAAAUAAUCCUAAGACACCCCCAACAUUUCCAGAAAACGAAGCAAAUAAGGAAAAUGUAAAUUCAAUAAUUUGAGAGGGUGCUACCCAAGCAUUUUUGCAUGAAUUUUUACCUAAAAGACAUCCAGUUCAUGUAGUGAGAGCUAAGAUAGUAUUAGAAUUGUAUAAAAUAAUCCCAAUAAGUUAAAACGCUUUUUUUUUCAUUGAAGAGUAUUCGAUGACUCGUGACUUAUUUGGUUACUUUUUUAAAAUUAUUUAUUUAAUGUAAAAAGUAUGUAAUAAGACUUCAAAUACAUUGUGUAUAAUUACUGAUUGUAAAUAUAAUGUUAGUUCUUGUAAAUACUUUAUGGUAAUAGUAAAUAGUUUUACACAUAAAAAA